GGCUAAGGAAGCCUGAGUACUAGCUUUAUCCGCUGCUUUAAAAUAUCACGGGCUCAGUAUUCAAAAUGGCGGACGAAACUGCAUGAUUUUUGAUUUUCUUCCUAAAAGUGUUUAGAAGACUCGAUCGCUAGGAUGCCUAAGGGAAAGUUCCCAUUUCGGCGAACGUUUGAGUUCCUGUCUGCAGGGAGAGUGAUUUUAAAGAAAGACAUUCGUUCAGUUAUGCUGUCGUACACGCAUAAAGACGAGAGCAAAGGACUAAGGAACUUCAUCUAUAAAGAUUUACCGCAAAUUCAGUUCAAGAACAACGCARUUCAAUUUAUAACGUGGCGAAAUAGAACUGAGCUAAAUCGUAUUGUUAUCUGUUUAGGCGAUGGACGUAAAGUUCUGAUUGAUGUUGAAAAUAAGAAAGGUCCUGAAAUCUUGGACAUAUUUGAUAAAGUGGCUGGAGCUACAGAAAGUGAGCUUCAGAUCCGAAGGCAACCCAAGUAUCCUGGACGAAUCAACCCAGCAAAUUUUGGCAAAUAUGGCCAUUGUUAUUGCAUAUGUGAAAAACCAGGGCAAGUUCCUUGUCCAUCAAGAGUACCGAGGCCUGAAACUAGAAAAACAAAACCAUGGCAAGAAAAAGAAGCGAGUUAAUUCUUGAACUAGAAAUAUUAAGAACAAUGUAGCAUGAAUGGUUCUUUUAUAUUGCAAGUAUUUAUAUGAUUUUGGAACUAAACAARAGUAACAAAGAAAGGAAUUAACAUUGUGGCAGUCUAUAAAAAUUUCAAGUUUUUAUUGAUACACUGAAAUAUCCUCCUGGCWGAUCAAAGUCUAGGCAUGGCUAACUCCCAGAUCAACCCUGAAACAACUUCUGGGUUGAUCAGGGUAUGUACAGUAUAACUCACAGAUCAAACUCUGAAACAACCUUUGGGCUGAUCUAAGUCRAGGCAUGGCUAACUCACAGAUUGAAUUAGAACCACAGAGAAAAGCCCUUGAAUCAAGGGAGAGUUUUUCUCUUGCAAACUGUGUUUUUUUGGGAGGGGGGAGUAGGAAAGGGGUUUAAUUUCCCAAGCUCUUUGUUCCUCUUCUGCCAUAAUAUCCCUCCAUAACUUUUCCUCUCACAAGAAAAAUAGUUGGGUACAUUAGAAUGCAGAGUUAGAGGUGUUAAGAGUACUCAAAGAUAAACUUGUAAGAMUAAAAAACUUGGCAAGAAAUURGUAAAAUCUUAAAAAGAUCCAAUCUAAGAUCAGGCAAGAUCUUGCAAACUUGCUACAUCAUAUAACAUUCUUGCAAGAUCUGUUUAUCUAGCUACAUCAUAUAUCAUUCCUGCAAGAUGAGACUUAUCUUGUAAGAUCUUGUAAGUCAGUAGACUCCCAAGGCUGGGGUCAUCAUUCAGGGUUAAUGAAGACAAAUAACAAUAGCCACAAACAACGAGUUUGAAGCCAAACAAUUGAUACCCUGCAAUACAAAGACCCUAAACCAAAAUACAUGUACAGUAAAGCUUGCUACACCAAGAAGACCCCUUUUGACUUUCAUCCUCAGGAUGAGGAGGGAUGGCUGCACAAUACCACAAUGUACUGUAUAUGCACAAGUAUCAUUACGAUAAUAUGACAUCAGUAAAUCCUCCUUUAUCAUA